GGCCACAUCAGUGAGUGAAUCAGUGAAAUAACAAGGUGAAAUAACUUGUUUGUGUACGUAUAUAUAUGUGUGGCAACAUCGGUUGCCGGUUACUUCUUUACGGAACUGACAUAGCUAUGAGAAACGUUAUUUAAAGUCAGCUAGUAACACCUAGUAGUAGUAGAGGAAAAUGUGAAAUCCGUAGCGCUAUGCACUUAUUUGCUGUUCGGACUUCGGUCUGACAAUGUAAAUUGUAACACACACUCAGGAACCGGCUACACUCGAGUAACGAGUUGAAGCAAAUGGAACUUUGCGAACGCGAUCGCACAUGGUAACCUGAUCACAGAUAUCUAGAAAAAGUGAAGUUUGCAUUCGAGUUAGUAUUCACUAGAAACAUGGCAGCGAUCGUUGGCUCUCCACCUGAGACGCCGGCUGCAACGCCGAGCGAGGAGACGGCGCCAACCGCAUUCGGAGCUAAUCUGUUUGCAAGCGAUGACAUGGACAUGGGACAGUUCGACGAAGACUUCAAUUUGAGCAAGAAGACUGCCCUAGUGUCACCAUCAGAGGAAGAGUACGAAGCAUUGUUAUCUGCACUGGCGAAGCGGUUAGAAGAUGGGGAGACUCUCUAUGCUGUCGGCAUCGGUGAUGGCGGUGCCAAAGGUUUAGCGGAACCAGAGCUCGAAGCAUCUAUAGCAACUCUGCAGAGUCUUGCAGUGUCCUGCAAUGCAGACUGCAACCUGCUAGCAAAGCGGCCCGUCUCUCGGGGAUAUAUCGCCGAAUUUCUUGUUCGAAAGAAAGCAGAAAGUGAAGACUUCAUUGAAGUUCGGGUUGCUGUCGUUGGUAACGUGGAUGCAGGAAAGAGCACAUUGCUAGGAGUGCUCACACAUGGAGAGCUAGACAAUGGCCGAGGGAUUGCUCGCAUGAAGCUGUUUAGGCAUAAACACGAAAUCGAGUCAGGACGGACUAGUAGUGUAGGCAAUGACAUUCUUGGGUUUGACAGCUCAGGGUCUGUUGUCAACAAACCUGACAGUCAUGGUGGUAACCUCGACUGGAAGAAAAUUUGUGAAGACUCUGCGAAGGUUAUUACGUUUAUUGAUUUGGCUGGUCAUGAACGCUACCUGAAGACAACAGUGUUUGGAAUGACGGGACAUAUGCCAGAUUUCUGCAUGCUUAUAGUCGGAGCGAAUGCGGGCAUCGUGGGCAUGUGUAAGGAGCAUCUUGGUCUUGCUCUGGCGCUAAACGUUCCAGUAUUUGUCGUCGUGACCAAGAUCGACAUGUGUCCGGUGAACGUCCUCCAGGAUACGUUAAAGCUCUUACAGAGGAUACUCAAGUCUCCCGGAUGCAGGAAGAUUCCUGUGAUGGUGCAGAAUACGGACGACGUUGUUGUCAUGGCAACAAACUUCAGCUCAGAGAGGGUGUGUCCGAUCUUCCAGCUGUCGAACGUGACAGGGGAGAACCUGCCGCUGCUGAAGAUGUUCCUCAACCUGCUAUCAGCUAGAAUGUCGUUCGACGAGGGAGAGCUGGCCGAGUUCCAGAUAGACGACACUUACUCUGUACCGGGCGUUGGAACUGUUGUCUCGGGAACGACACUGAAAGGCGUGAUAAAGCUGAAUGACACGCUGCUACUAGGACCGGACGCCCUCGGUCACUUCCAACCAAUCGUCAUCAAGAGCAUCCAUCGGAAGAGAAUGCCAGUGCGGUGUGUGCGCGGCGGCCAGACAGCAUCUUUCUCAUUAAAACGGAUUAAGCGAUCUCACAUUAGGAAAGGCAUGGUGAUGGUGUCACAGGACAUUAAGCCACAGGCAUGCUGGGAGUUUGAAGCAGACAUAUUGAUCUUGCACCACCCCACGACAAUAAGUCCAAGGUACCAGGCGAUGGUGCAUUGUGGGAGCAUCCGGCAGACGGCUACGAUCGUCAGCAUGUCACAGGACUGCCUGCGCACAGGCGACAAGGCAGCCGUGCGAUUCCACUUCAUCAAGAACCCAGAGUUCCUACGUAUUGACCAGCGGCUUGUGUUCCGCGAGGGGCGCACGAAGGCAGUCGGAAACAUCACCAAGUUGCACCCACACAUACCUGCAGGAACAGCCCUGCAGCAGCACCGAGCGAAGAUGAGCAAGAACAGAGGUGAGGGCCCCGGCCCGGGCCCGCAGGGUCACGUAGACCACGGCGGUGACCCCGACCACGUGCCCAUCCUACGACCGGAGAACGAGCCACAGAAGCCUAGUAAGCGUAACCGAGGCGGCCGGCAUCGGAGUAGUAAGGCCAAAGAAAACAUGGCCGCUCAUCAGAAGCCGUCGACGAGCGGCACUAGUUUAAAAUCUGCCGCCUGAUUCCAGCAGCGUGAGGAAUGCGGCAGAGAAGGGGGGCAGCAGGCUAGUACAGGUAGGCGGGAGGGAGGGCGUUUGUUGCCUCUCCUCUGGUCAUCGUAGUUUGGCAAUAGGUUGUACUGUGUAGGUUUGCACGAUGUUGCUGACACCAUUAGCAUCCUUCACGCCCAGUAGAGUAAAACCUGCAUCUGAUAAUCGUGCAUGUAACAGAUAACUUAUCACUGGCAGAGAUAUCUCACCAUGUCAUUACUGGAUUAGUUGCAGCCAAUCACUGCCAACGGCCUGCAAUUCGUUAUCGAAGUUGUAAACGUUUCUGAUCUCCUAUUUAAUUGUCAGUGGCUAUAAUUAGGUGAAUUAAUGGGUUUAAGUGCCCUAGUGAUGCAGAAAUUGGAAGAAGCUGUGUAGAAAUCAGGCUGUGUGCAGUAAUGCCACCCCUCUCCCAUUACAAUAACUCGUGUUACGUACGUUUACCCAUGCACAGUUUAUAAAUAUUAUGACCACUUUAUUCAUGAUACCAAACAAAAAUUUGCUCUGAUGUAAUUUUUAUAAUGAAGCAGGCAGGUUUUUCUAUCCAAAAAUUCCUUACAUCAUUAAAUAAUCAAUAUUUAUCUAUGUUUGACAAUGUUUAAUUGCACGCAUAACUAUGCAUUCCCAAACAGUGCCAUACGUUCGGUACAGGAUGCAGAUUCUUAUACUGAAAUCUCUCGUUUGUUUUACAUCCUAAAGUAGAUAAUAUCUAUGUUUACGAAUGUUUACUUGCAUUCAUAAUUGUGCUGGUAUUAAGGGAAAUAUGAGGAUUGCAUACUUUUCUUGGCCAAAAAACCUUUCAUAAGAACGCAAUUUCAAUUUUAUAAUGGAAGUCAUUAGGAUAACGUGUUUCACCUUACAGAAUUUCACGUAACGAACGGUUUUUCUGGAUCACAUUACUUUCGUAUUGCGGGGGUAUUACUGUACAUGUAAAAUAAAUUGAAAGAUGCCUUGCCAUUCGUAGGGUUUAAAUACGGAAUGUAGUAGACGGAUUUUGGAAAUCAUUCAUCAAUCAAUCAUUGAAUCAAUCAUUUUAAAUCAAGAACUGGUUGGAUAUUGCGUUUUUGAGAGAGACCACAGUUGUGGUAGAAAUUGUAGUUGCUGUUUCCUAAGUAUUAUGAGCUGUUUUAUAUUGUCUGGCAGACUUUUAGAUCGGGUUAGCGAUUUAAUGCUUCAUUGGGGUUCCUUUAAUAUCGAUUUUAAUGAACUACCAUUCUGCCCACCCUGUCAGCUAUUGCAUGUUACCUAUGUUUUUAGACAGAUAUGUAUACCUUUUAGUUUUCGGCUCGUUUGAGUACAUAGAUAAAUAAGACAUAGUGACGAAUGGAAAUAUUUACGAGGAACUGAAGACAGCGUGGAAACAUUCACGGUGACAUGAGACUGAAAAGUACCGAACUGUCUGGGUUUGCUAACCUCUGCCGUGAUGUAAACAUUCCGUCACCCUUUCCAUACAGUCACAAAGAGGCGUCUUUCUUUAUUUUCCUGACCGUCACAGCACUUUAUAGCAUGUAUUAGCCGGAGGUUUUAAUCGUCGUACGUAAUAGAAAUUCCUAUAAAUGACCUUUAUUCAUAUGCAGGUUUUUUAAGACACCGUGAGUUAGAAAUUAAUUUUCAUCAGGUAAUUUUAAUCAGGUUAGGUUAAUUUUCAUCAGGUUCUACAUAGUAACCGUAACCUGCACGUUCUACAUAAACGCGCGCAUGCACACGCACACACGCACGCACGCACGCACGCACGCAGCGCACACACAUCCCACGCACACCCACAUAACCGCACUCAACAAGUACCGAAAACUACAAUGGUUGUUUACUGUUCACGUGCGCUGCUCUCCGUUUCUCCAUGUCAGUUUUUAUGCGAAUAUUAAAUGUAAAUGUUGUAAGUGCUGGGUGCAUGAUAUACGUACGUGUGUACCGGGUUGCAUAGACUAUUAUUAUGUAUAUAUAUAUAAUUAGAAAUAGAUUAAAGUCCACUAAUUUGUGGAUUAACCUAUAUCAGAGUGUGUACAUUUAUAUAUACCUGGAUAGCAUUGAUACGCGUUGUACUGGAUUGAUUUGUUGGAUUACGGUUGUUCGUAAAUAAAUGUGACAGUAUCACAUUGGAUUGGGAACGAGUAACGCGGACAGCUGGUACAUUCUAAAGUAUGAUGUUAAUGAGAAUAUUUUGACCUGAAAAGAGUAAUUACUGGUUCGAGUAAUUAAGACGUGGGCCGUGUUUUUACGUUUUGUGUGUAUGUAAUACGAGUUUAAUAGAAUCAUUACUAGAAGUUUUAAAUUGAUA